AUGGCAGGGGUAGCAAAGGAGGCCGUUGUGCCUAUCGAGGCCGUUCUCCUGGGAAUGGCCAUUGUCCUUGUCUUCGCACGCUUAUGGCUUCGUCUGGUGCGACAGCAUCAGAAGCUGACUAUAAGCGAUUGGAUUCUUAUAAUUUCAUUGCUUGAUGCUUCCGCGCUGUUCGCGACCGAUACUAUGGCGUACAACCUCGGCGGAAUGGACGAAUACGAUACCGACGCCCCCGAGGCUCCCAUUGACAAGCAGAUCUUGUUGAUGAAAGUCACAUUUGCCGGAAACUACUUUUACGACACUGGAAUAUACUUCCCUAAAAUUGCGUUGCUCGCCUUCUACUUCAAGCUGAUUCCGCCGACAAUGCCGAUUCUUCGGAAGGCGCUCUACGGCGUGAGCACCCUGACGAUUUCUUUCGCAGUGACAACUUUCUUUCUGGAUACAUUCUGGUGUGGUCCUGACGUCUCUAUCAACUGGGAUAUAGAGGGAAACUGCAGUACUUAUGACUCGAAAGAUGUUUUCCGGAUCGAUUGGGCCAUGAACUUUGUGACAGAUGUGUUAAUUUUCGCCAUUCCAUUCCCGCUACUCUUCGGCCUACAACUCAGCGGCAGAUACAUCAUUGGACUCGCCGCCACAUUUUCGACGGGCAUCAUUACGAUAGGGGCCAGCAUUGGAAGAUUCGCUACUGUGGAAGCCAUCAACGCAUGGACGAACGUCUAUGUGCUCUCAAUGACCGAAAUCGCCGCUGCAAUCAUUGUCGUGUCUCUUCCUGCCUUGAAGUCACUUCUUCAUCGCCGAGGGCUGGCUACCUCAAAGUAUGGGACCGGGCAGACAGGGUCAGUAGGGCGGGCAUUUGACAAACAACCAACGAAUUUCAGUCGCAGUCACAUCAAGCUGUCCUCGGGAAGGGAGCCGUAUGUGGCAACAGCGAGAGCAGUUUCUGAGCAGGAGUCAGGGAGCGAGGUGGAGCUGAACAAUCUCGAGGGAUCGAAUGUGAUCUACAAAUCCGCUCGAGUGAGCGUGACAUAUCAACGUCGUGAGGAUGUGAGCAGGGAUUCGAGUCGCCCGGUGUUCGGUUAUUUACUUGAGCUAUCCGACGAAAUGGCGUACUUCAUAGACGGAAAGGAUUGCAUGAUAUCCGAAUGGAUUCUACUAGCAGUUUCCUAUGUAUUCGUCGGUCUCCGGAUUUACGCUCGCCUCUUCAGGUUACGAGAGAAGCUGGCCUGGUCUGACAUUCUCCUCGUCCUCUCUGCUAUCAACGCUCUCGCAUUAAUCAUAUGUGACACCCUGACCUUCCAACUCGGCGUCAUGGAUCACUGGGAGUCUUCCGUCACUCUUUCCAAGAUCUCCUUCGCAUCAAACUACUUCUACGAUGUCGGAAUGGGCUUCCCCAAAAUGAGCAUGCUGGCAUUCUACUGGGCCUACUUUCCCUCAACUACCAGCCCGGCAAUGCGCAAGGCACUUUGGGGUAUCACUGCUUUCGUCUGCCUUUCGUACAUGGCUAUACUUUGGGACGACACAUUCUUUUGUGGAAAGGACGUUUCGGUGCAGUGGUCACAGGAAGAUGGCGCAUGCAGUGUCUUUUACGCCCCAGAGCCCUUCAUCCUCAACUUCACCCUCAACCUCACCUGCUACCUUUGCGUCUAUGUUCUCCCUUUGACUCUGUUGAUUCAAGGUGUCCUCGAGAGAUCCACUGGCUUGACACUUACUUUUGCUCUUGGUACUUUAACCAUCAUGACAACCAUUGUACGUUUCAUUACCCUGAAAGUUGGCACUGGCCAGGAGAAUUUGGUUUAUCCUCUGAGCAUUCUGGAAAUGACUCUUGCGAUUACCGUUGUGGCCCUUCCGGGUUUGAAGCCUUUUCUCGACCGCCAAUCUACGAAGUCUUCAGUCGAAACAGUUCAGGUCGAUCACGAGAGCAAGAACUUUUCGUCAUGA